CCAGGCUCUCUCGUAGCCCUUUGGAAUGGAGUAUCAUUGAGCGAGUCGCGUACCGAACCCAAUAACACCCAAUAGCAUUGACGUAACAGUCGUAACUUAAUAAACACCAACCCCGGAACGGGCCGUUUGAUAUUUGUUCUUGCAUCGCGGCAUCUUUAUGGUAAAUCUCUACGGGAGCUUCACUUGUGGAUAGGUAUAGUGAGUGUAUGCUUGUUUGCUUUUUCUGACCCGACAACCCGAUACAGUCGAUAGCUUGAGUGAUAAUGCCAAUCUAAGUGAUCGCCGGGUCUGAUCUCCAAGCGCUAAGCCGAGGCCGAGGCCCGAAUCUGAAACGACGGGGCUACGAGUCAUUGUGACAAGUUGAGUCUUGACCGAGCUGCCGAAUUUCCUGUGGCCGGAAUUGCCUCUCGACUCUUAAGCUCGACGGAGGACCGACUUUUAUUUCUUUUCGGUCCGUCGCUCAUCCAGUCGGACCUUGUAUCACCCCCGUUAUUUCGACGCUUAUGCGGAGCCCUGGAUGGCUCUAUUAGCGAGAAUUGCCGCCAACCUGAGGGGCGCAGUGCUAGUAGCCCCUUGGGUUCUUCACCUGGCGGUGUGCGAUCUUGCGCUAUCACUUCUCUUGCCGGUGAAGGUAUUCGCGCCGGACUUUGUCUAUCGUCUUUCUUCCCGCAUUGCAUACUCCGUGUGGAAGUGGAUCCAGGUCAUAUUCGAGAGUUGCAAUGGCGCAAAGAUCACGUUUUCAGGGGACCAUUUACCGAUGAAGGAGUCGGCUGUUGUCAUCUCGAAUCAUGUUACAUGGGCCGACUUUUACAUGAUCCAGGCCUGUGCCCUGCGCUCGGGUAUGCUGGGGCAGUGCCGAUGGUUUGCGAAGAUCCAGCUCAGAUGGGUUCCAUUCCUUGGUUGGGGCUUGUGGGCGAUGGGCAUGCCUAUGGUAUCCAGGAAUUGGAUGCGAGAUCAACGUGAGCUUCAACGCGUCUUUGGUGGGAUCGUGCGUAGGAAGUGGCCAAUGUGGCUGAUAAGUUUCAGUGAGGCUACACGAUUUACGCCAAAGAAGUAUGAGGAGUCUAGACUCUGGUGCAACGAAAAUGGACGCCCGCAGCCCUUGCAUUUGUUAUACCCCCGUACUAAGGGGUUUGUGACUACCGUACAACAUCUGAGAAAGGCACCUCACGUAAAGGCCGUGUAUGACUUCACUAUUGCGUAUCAGCAUAACGAUAGAUUUCAUAUUGCUCCCAACAUGUGGGAAACUUUGAAGCUUCCGAAUCUGAGCGGUUCCCGUGGAUAUAGGUUCCAUGUUCAUACGCGACGCUUUCCUCUGGAAGAACUCCCUUCAACGGACGAAGAAUUGGUGAAAUGGUUAGAGCAGCGGUGGAUUGAGAAAGGGGAAUGGCUCGAUGCUAUCAAGACUGAAUGGGCUGCAAGGUAGAUUGUUCAUGAGAUGUAUGUAUGUAUAUGACAUACGAGACCAACACCAGUCUUUAAGACAUAACUUCCUUCAUGUUGGAGCUGUGACUGGGGGUGGCGCUCUGAUAUG